GUCGGCAUUAUUAAAUUCAACCUAAUAGGUAAAUAGACUCGGAGGGACAAAAUAAAAAAAUGACUUGCUAUCGGGAGUUUGCUGUGCCGCCAAUUGAAGCCGUUGAGGAUCCUUCAGUAAUCGACACACUGCUGUUGGAGAAACUCGGGUUACUUCACUGGGGUUUUUUCGCACAAGAAAUUUUACGUUAUGCGAACACAGUCGGAAAAGGCGUGAAUCGUAAUUAGGGGGAAUAUUAGUAAUUUAACGUAUAGGGAUUUGGCGGGGAUCAGUUAUAACGAUACUGACCACACUAACUUUAGCAUUGAAAUUUUAUCCACGGAAAAUUGGAGACGAUCCUUACAAAAAUGUUUGCCAUUAUUUUUCCACUAAUUUACCUGGCCGGUCAGGUUUUUGGGUUAAAUACAACAGUGACUGUCGGUGAUUUGGGCACAGUGAUUGGCCUAGAAGAAACAAGUACAUGGACUGGCAGGACGAUAUACGCUUUCAGGGGAAUUCCUUACGCUGAAGCACCAGUCGGCGACUUGAGAUUUCAACCACCAGUAAGCGUCAGCAGUUGGAAUGGCACUUUGAACGGUACCGAAUUUGGAGUAGUUUGCCCGCAAAAUGGUGGAGUUGGAACCCCAUUGUCUGGUGUAGAUGAAGACUGCUUGACGUUGAACGUUUACGUUCCCGAAGUCGACAGUGGAGACACAGCAUUACCAGUCAUGAUCUACCUCCACGGAGGAACUUUCAUGAGUGGAUAUGCUCAGUUGUACGAGCCUCAUCAGCUGCUAGAGAAAGACGUGAUUCUUGUCGUGCCUCAAUUUCGUUUGGGACCAUUGGGUCUUCUAUGCUUGCAAACUGACGAGAUACCCGGAAACGUGCAGUUCCUGGAUCAAAUAAUGGCCAUGCAAUGGGUUCAGGACAACAUAGGGUACUUUGGUGGUGACCCCGACUCCGUAACACUUUUUGGUCAGAGUUCAGGAGCAGCGUCAGUGAACCUUCAUCAAGUCAGCCCGCUUUCGAGAGGACUUUUUCACAAAGUGAUUCUUCAGAGUGGUUCUAUCUACGCACCAUGGGUUAUGGAUUAUAGUCCUGUCCAAACCGCCACGAGACUUGGAGUUUUUGUUGGUUGUAGUCAGACAAAUACAACUGAGCUAGCGGCUUGUUUCAAGGAGGUAACCGUGCAAACUCUGCUUGACGGUUUCGCCAGCUAUUUGUCAUUAUACUCACUGGGUGGACUCACUGAGAUUGGGGGUCAUCGAGCUGUUAUUCAGACCGCCGGCACUCAGAAAUUUCUCGAGGAAGAUCCUAUGACAUUGGUUUCCAACGGUCAAUACAGCCAAGUACCGAUGAUAGCAGGGGCGAAUAAACACGACGGUAGUUACGCACUCGCAGAAUAUUACACCAGCUAUUUUGUUCCACUCGGACUUGCCAAUGACACGCAGUUUCUAACGUAUAAUCUGACAUCGUUCAUGCUCUCAGCUUUUGGGGUCACAGACCUAACGGGCGGUGUUGGACAAACCCUUGUAUACCGCCACUUCGAUGAAGAUGAUAUUGGAGAUUUUCUCGCAAUGGUUCCAGGAAUCAUAGAUAUAUGCAGUGUGUUCGUGUUCAAGGCGCCUGUUUUCGAAAUGCUCCAGACCCACAGUCUCUACAAUACAUCAUACCUCUACAGAUUCGGAUAUUUUGGUAGCAACAACGUAUUGGUUUCCACUGAGGACUUGCCAUUCGAAACUGGCGUCGGACACUCCGACGAACUGUUUUACCUGUUCCCGUUAUCUAGCAAUUUAUCUGACGCAGACGUGACGGUAGCUAAUCGGAUGGUAUCGUUGUGGACGACUUUUGCUACCACCGGCGUACCGACAGCUGAUAACAAGACUUGGGAACCAAUGAGCACCCCCUUUGGCCCGUAUCUAAUAAUCGACGAAGAGUUCUACGACGGUACUAAUUUUUUGUCAGACUAUACGAUCGCUAGGGAAGAGGGUAUGACAGCCGUUGACAGAUCUGCAGCAUCUGGCAUCGUGCCUCCGUCGGUAAUAGUCUUGGCUACAACACUGUGGUCUAUUUUUAUAAGACAAUAAAAUAUCGAAUAAGCUUAAUUGGCUUGAAUCGGAUGCCUAGUACUUUGGCUACUUCAUCGACAUCAAAGAUGAUUGCCCGCAAAGUUUUCGCGUCAAGAAAACUGAUAUAGCAAUGAAGUUACUACGAUCCGAGACAAUAGAAACCUGAUUUCUCAUCAAAUGAGAUUUAUA